CCCAAAAUAAGUAGGAAUGGGAAGUGGCAGCUUACACUCGACAUAUCUUUUCCAUUUGCUAGUAAGACCCUACCAAGCUGGGAGGAAGGUUUCCUAGCCUUAUUCUGGAGAAAGAAGCCACUGAGUUCAAUCCACAGGCACCAUGCAACUGCUCCAGUUGACCACCGCUUUUCUUCUGCUGUGCAAUCUUUGCAGCAGCCAAGACAGUUCAGAUACUGUCAUUACACCUCCGGCCUCAUCCUCACCAACAUAUUCUACAACAACAGUGUCUUCACCAACAACAAACAAAAUGCCAGCAACAGAUCCCAUCCAUUCAACGCCUGAAAUACCUAAAGGAACAACCAGCAAAGACUCAUCAAAAACGCCUCUUGUGCCAGCAGUUACUUCAAUAGCAACAGCUAAGAGUGUAGACAACACAACCCUUGGAGUUACCAAGAAAGAGCUCAUCACUACAAACACAACAGGGGCAACUCUUCCACUCUCGGAUGCUGUUCCUACAUUCCAAGGUUCGCAGCACACAACUGAGAAUCAGAGUUCAAUCAAAAUGACCACAAUGUCAGCUAGUACUCAACAACCAGUUACAUCACCUUCUAAAACCACUGGGUUUCCCUUGCUCCCCUCGACCUCAGCAACACCUCCAAGAAACAUCUCACAGCUCCAAGGUACUGAAGAUGGGAAAAAUGCAACCUCUCCGCCAACCAUCCCGUCUUAUUCUAGCAUCAUUUUGCCGGUGGUUAUUGCUUUGAUUGUCAUAACACUCUCAGUAUUUGUUCUGGUGGGUUUGUAUCGAAUGUGCUGGAAGAAAGACCCAGGCACACCGGAAAAUGGAAAUGAUCAACCUCAGUCUGAUAAAGAAAGUGUGAAGCUGCUCACAGUGAAGACAAUUUCUCAUGAGUCUGGUGAGCACACUGCACAAGGUAAAACCAAGAACUGACAGCUUGAUGAAUUCUCCCUACACCUGGGCAAUGACUAUGUUUAAACUUCAGCAACUGCCUUCCAGGAAUGGAAAUGGAGGAAGUAUGGCCGAACCAGUCUUAAAGCCCAGACUUGAUCACCAGUCGGCAUAAGUUGCCUUUCUGACUAAAAGGGCCAUCUCUACACAACAAGGCAUAAUUUGAGGCCCCCCCAGCCUCUCCUGUCCUUUGAGAUACAGAAAGAAAAGCCUAUUACCACAGUUUGUAGAGACAUUGCUAAGACAGCAAAAUUUAGGAAGGGAUUUUGUGAGCAAUGAACCUGUUAGAGCAGGCAGGUGGACCAAGGACAGAAUCAUCCCUAGAUUUAAAGUUUCCACCACUGACAGUUUUGAUCCAUGAAAACUUUCCUAUUCUUGUUGUCCUUAUAUUACCUAGUGUUUGUAUUUAUUGUUUUCCACUAUGUUAAUGCAGGGAAAGUUUGCAAGUAUGUUUUAAAAUAUUAAAUAGAAAUCAUACUGUGCUACUAUGUACAUAGAAGUAUUUUAUUCAUGUUUGCAUAUGUUUACUUUUAAUAAAUGUGUUCAAUACACUA